UGACGUCACUUUAUGCGACGAGGAAGAAAGAGAAUCCGGAGGAGUGUAAUUAGUUGCGUUUUCUGUACAAGAUGCCGAAAGUGGUAUCGCGCAGCGUUGUUUGCUCUGACACUCGAGACCGAGAGGAGUACGACGAUGGGGAGAAGCCCCUCCAUGUGUAUUACUGUUUGUGCGGGCAGAUGGUGCUUGUAUUAGACUGUCAGCUUGAGAAACUUCCUAUGAGGCCCCGAGACAGGGCCAGAUUGAUUGAUGCAUCCAAACAUGCUCAUAAAUUCUGCAAUAUUGAAGAUGAUGAGACAGUUUAUCUACGAAGACCAGAAGGAAUAGAAAGGCAGUUUCGAAAGAAGUGUGGAAAAUGUGGCCUGUUGCUGUUCUAUCAGCACCAAAUGAAGAACACACCAUUCACCUUUAUUGUUGAUGGAGGAGUUGUCAAAUUUGGCCAAGGAUUUGGAAAUACAACUGUCUACAGUCAGAAGCAAGAGCCUCCUAAAAAAGUCCGGGUAAUGAUGACAAAAAGAACGAAGGAUAUGGGGAAGUUCAGCUCUGUGACAGUUUCUACAAUUGAUGAAGAGGAAGAAGAAAUUGAGGCGAGAGAAGUGGCAGACUCUUAUGCACAGAAUGCAAAGGUUAUUGAGAAGCAGCUAGAGCGAAAAGGCAUGAGCAAAAAGAGGCUACAGGAGUUGGCUGAGUUAGAAGCCAAGAAGGCCAAGAUGAAAGGCACCCUGAUUGACAAUCAGUUUAAAUAAUUUUUCUGCUUGUGGCUGUCUUUAUGAUGAAGUAUCCUUGAAACAUUACUUUUGAGAAGAGCUAAGAGAAGCUGAACUACAUUGUACUUGGAGCAGUAUGAACAACAUCAUAAAAGAAGAAAGUUAAAUUGGAAAUUGUGGUACAUGUAGACAAGAAGAUACAAAAACGUUUUCUUCAGACUUUCUAUAUGAUGUGUUAUUGUGCACAUAUUAAAAUGAAUGUGCACCAUCUUUGGGCUACAACUUCUAGUUCACCUGUCCCAAUGUUCAGUCUUUAUGCCCAGAGUUGUAUCGGCUGUUCUUUCUUUUUUUUAACCGUUCUGGAAGCCCACACUUUUGUAUAUGUGCAUUCCCAAAAUGAAUGUUGUUUUUUGUUACUUUUGUACAGUUGAUGUCAUGAUUUAAGCAAUACUUGAUUUGUCUUUUAAGGAUUUUUUUCAUAUUUUGUAAGUAUUGUAAAUAAAAUGUAA